CCGAAACCUAUGAGCAGUAAGGUACACCGUUCUUCAAGAUCUGAGCUGAGAGUGGUUCAGCGAGGAGGAAUCAGCAUACGGCACGCAAUCGAAGGUGACGUAUUGGCAAGUACCCCGCCCUGUUGUUCCGCCAAUGCGAAACAUAGCUUGUCCAACGAAGGAAGCUGCGGGUAGCGUCGCGAUCAGAUAUCCGGAGUCCACAUCGAGGCCAUUCGGGAGACAGUAUAGAGUGCAAGAGGGUACGGGGGUGUUCGAUAACAAAAGGGCUGGUGACCACUCAGCGCGAGAGGAUGUUCACGUUCCUCCUCGAAAAGGUCUGACCCUGGGGUCAAGCAGAAGAGGCUGAGCCCGCACACCUCUGGUGGUGCCGCAGGUCCCCCUCUCGGAGCCCGCGUCCUUGAUUAAAUUCGAGCUGAAAACAUCUCAGAAUGAUGUACGGACUUAUAUAUUCAGUGUCAAGAAUAUUUCGUUCCCAUAGGACGAC